UAUUAGCAUGCGGAUCACUGUAGAGGAAACUGAUUCCAUUGUAUAUUAUCCUAAUUCUCCACGUGUCAUAGACAACAAUCAAAAUUCAAAUUCGAUAUGUUCUAUUAAUUCACUAAAAAGUUGCCGAAUUAACAACAAACAGUUUAGAACAUAUCGCAGGAAUUUUUACGGGUUUAUUCGCUCGAGAAGGUGAUUCACAGACGGUAGCACAUAGUUCAAAUUCCGUAUUAAUUGGGUUUGUGCCUGAGUAGUGAAGUAGGUUCUAGAAACCAGUUGUAGCCACUAUCCCUCCUCCCCAUUGACACCCAUCGUCACAUGAACACGCCUUCAAAAAUUGGAAGUUUCAUGACGAAAUUGUUCAGGAUUGCCCUCGUUGGCCAGUUGUAGUCACCUUCAAAAUCCGACUAACGGAUUUUCGUCGUCCGGGGAUAUAAAUUGGAGAAGGGGAUUUUAGAGUUUUCGUCUUUUUUUCUUAUUCUCUUGAUAGAAGUUUUUAAUAUUCUAAUCGAAAAAUAUGGGCCUCGGUGAGAAUAAGUGUUCAAAAUGGACAACCAUUGCAUUCGGAGUCCUUGCUAUUCUAUUUCUGCUCUCAACGAUUGCUCUUGCUAUUGUAGUUGGUAUCAAAUACAGCGAAGACGACAAACCAUCAGAGUUAGUUGUUCAACGAGAUGAAAACGGUAAACCACAGUUCGACUGGCCAACUCCAUCUGGAAGUCUUUUCGCUCAUUACAAAAAAGCUGCAGUUACUUCUGAUCACGGCCUUUGUUCUGAAAUUGGGAGAGAUGUUCUGAUUGAGGGUGGAAAUGCUGUUGAUGCCAUGAUCGCCUCACUUUUAUGUAUCGGAACUGUGAACCCACAAUCAUCUGGAAUUGGCGGCGGAUUUGUCAUGACUCUCUACAAUGCAUCGACUGGAAUGUGUCAAACUAUAAAUGCUCGUGAAACAGCUCCAGCUGCUGCCACCGAAACAAUGUUUGUUGAUAAUCCAAAAGAGUCUGUUAUGGGUUACAAAUCGAUUGCUACUCCAUCGGAACUUCAUGGAUUCUGGACUGUCUUCAAUAUGUAUGGAUCUGGAAAAGUAUCAUGGGCACGUCUUUUCCAACCAUCAAUCACACUGGCACAUGAUGGAUUCCCUGUUUCCUCGAAUCUUGCCAUGGUUCUUGCAGACAAAGAAAAAUAUAUAAGAGAAGAACCUACGAUGAAAGACAUUUUUGUGAAUCCAAAAACGAAUCGAGUCUACGAAGAAGGAGAUAUAUUGAAAAGACAACGACUUGCCAGCACAUACGCUCUCCUUGCUAAUGCGACUGAUCCGGUUGAGCUCUUCUACAAGGGAGGAAUGGCUCAAACGAUUGCAGGAGAAAUUACUGAUAAUGGAGGAUUUGUAAAUGAAUCAGAUUUGGCAAGCUACGAAACAACAAUCGACGAUGCUCCACUUCUCAGUACACAUUUACCUGGAGACUAUGAAAUGUGCGGACCACCACCACCAUCAUCGUUUGUUAUUACUCAAAACAUUAUUCAAGUUAUGGCUCAGUAUUACAAGGAUGGACAAGUUGAUCUGGAUGAUCCAUUGGUUUAUCAUAGACUUAUCGAAGCUGAAAAAUUUGCCUACGCACAGAGAACUAAGCUGGGAGAUGUGAAGUUUGUAGAAUCGGCCAAAACUUUGGUGGAUGAAAUGAUGACAGAAGAAUACACUAAAAAGAUUGCGUCUCUAAUCAAGGAUACCGCCCAGACAUUGGAUUACUAUGGUGGAGAGAAGAAGGAUAUGGCACCAGAUCAUGGAACCUCUCAUGUUUCCAUCAUUGACUCUCAUGGAAAUGCAGUAUCCUGUACAUCAACUGUUAAUCAAAUUCUUGGAUCAAUGCGUGCCUCACCUACUUUGGGUAUUGUCUGGAACGAUCAAAUGGAUGAUUUCUCAACACCUGGAAUGAAGAAUUCAUUCGGUUACGCUCCAUCCGAAACCAACUUCAUUCAACCUGGAAAACGGCCAAUGAGCUCAAUGAGUCCAAUGAUUAUCUAUAACAAGAAUGAGAAUAGAGUGGAAAUGGUAACCGGAGCAUCUGGAGGAUCAUAUAUUAUCUCAGCAACUGCCCAAACAGUUAUUCGGACUCUUCUUUUCAAUCAAACUGUUAAAGCAGCAGUUGAUGCUCCAAGAUUCCAUAAUCAAUAUCUUCCAGAAACAACAGAAACUGAAGAAGCAAUGCCACUAGCGUUGAGAGAAGUACUCGUUGAGCAAUACAAGCAAAACUUCACAGUUGUCCCGCGGCAAAAGUCUGUCGUUCAAGCUCUCAUUUCUCUUGAAGGAUUUGUCGAGGGAAACAGUGAUUUCCGGCGGAAGACUGCCACAUAUCCAGCUGGUUAUUGAUCUCGUUUUUUGAAUUUAUUUUUUAAAAGUUUAUAUUAAUUUCCUCUCACUUAAUUAUAUUCAUUACGCUCCACUCCGUUUCUGUGAAUAUCGAACGUGUCUUUUUGUGACGCUUUUGUUCCUUUCUCUCAUAUGUUUUUCUAAUUCUAAAAAACAAACUUCACCGUUGUAUAAAAGUAGCUUUAUCUCCGGCAUCCCCGUUUAGAAAAUUCGGUGACCGAUCUACACUCAAAAUAAUAAAACUGCGUGGCGUGCACUGCAGAAAACCUAAUAUUUAGGCCCCGCCUUUUUAUCGUCCACUCACGGGGAAAAGGCAAAAUUCGGGGACCAACCAAUAUCAGGCCGCCGACAUCUCAUGGGUUCCGCGCGCCGCUAUGUUUAACUCGUUGUGGGUGUGGCAAGCUGUCUCCGCCCGCUGCGAGUUAAACAUAGCGGCGCGCGGAACCCAUGAGAUGUCGGCGGCCGGAUAUUGGUUGGUCCCCGAAUUUUGCCUUUUCCCCGUGAGUGGACGAUAAAAAGGCGGGGCCUAAUUAUGAGGUUUUCUGCAGUACACUCCACGCAGUUUUAUUAUUUCGAGUGUAGUCACCCGGGUACAUUCCAUUUAACACCUUUGAUAAUUUAGACGCAUUCCAUUUCAUUGUGCU